UUGUGUAGCUCUGUGUGGAUUCAGGAGUUUCUUGGUACUGUAUAAUUUUGUGUAUUGGCAAACACCUUUUUGCUUUACUGGGAAAAGAAAUGAACCCCAGAUGAUAAAGUUUAGGUUUUUGGAGGUGUGUUUGUAGUUUUGUUUUUUUGCUAUUGUUGUGUAGCUCUGUGUGGAUUCAGGAGUUUCUUGGUACUGUAUUUUUUUCUGUAUUUGCAAACAUCCUUUUGCUCUAUUGGGAAAAGGAGUGAACCCCAGAUAAAGUUUGGGUUUUUAUUUGGGUUCUUGAAGCUAUAAUUGUAUUGUUAUUUUUUUCCUAGUGUUGUGCAACUAUGGUGGGUUGAGGAGUUUAGUGGAUUGUCUUGGUACUGUAUAAUUUGGUGUAUUGCUCCCCCUUUUACUCUUCUGGGAACAUCAAUGAACCCCAGAUGAUAAAGUUUGGGUUUUUGAAGCUCAGAUUCUAGUGCUGCUUCUUUCUGUUGUGGUGUAGCUCUGGGUGGAUUUAGGAGUUCAGUGGUUGUCUUGGUACUGUAUAAUUUGGCGUAUUACACCCCCCCUUUUACUCAACUGGCAACAGCGACGAAUCCCAGAUAAAGUUUGGAUUUUUGAAGCUCUGAUUGUUGUUUUUCUUUUUCCUAUUGUUGUGUAGGUCUGGGAGGAUUGAGGAGUUUAGUGAAUUGACCUGGUAUUCUAAUUUGAUAUAUUGCAGCCCGUUUUACUCGACUGGAACAGUGAUGAACCCCACAUAAAUUUUAUGGUUCUUUUAUUUGGGAUUUUGAAGUUCUGAUUGUAGUUUUUGUGUAGCUCUGGGUGGAUUCAGGAGUUUAGUGAACUGUCUUGGUACUGUAUAGUUUGGUGUAUUGGAAACCCGUCUUAUCCUCUGGAACAGCAAUAAUCGCCAGAUAAAGUUUGGAUUUUCUUAUUUGGGUUCGUGAAGCUCUGAUUCUAGUGCUACUUUUGUCUAUUGUUAUGUUGCUCUGGGUGGAUUCAGGAGUUUAGUGAAUUUAUUUGGAAGUACUUGAAUAAAUUUAAAUGCUUUUGUGAAGUAAUGGCAGCGGAGUCUAAUACAGGGUUUCACCAGCAAGCGUUAUCAUUUCAAUCAGGGGUAAUUGGGAACUCAUCGUCUCAGAUGAUGUUGAUGGGUGAUUACUAUAGUCAUCUUGGAAUGAAUUUCGAUGUAAAUAAUAGUGGUUUAGGAGGAGGAGGAGGGAUGUUGUAUUCAGGGAAUCCAACCAUGAUGACAAACAAUUGCACCAGUAGCAGUAGUCCAAGAACUAGUCAGUAUGGAAGUUGUUCAGGUUCUUUUCUUAUAGAUACAGUGCCAGGGCUCAAGCAUGAUACGGGCCUUGCAGUUGAAUGGACGAUCGAGGAGCUGUACAAAUUGGAGGAAGGACUUAUCAAGUAUGCCAAUGAACCACGUAUAAUGAAAUACAUUAAGAUUGCAGCCACACUUCGCGAUAAAAAUGUACGUGAUGUUGCACUGAGAUGUAGGUGGAUCACGAGAAAGCGAAGGAAACAGGAAGACUAUAGUUUGGGGAAGAAAAUGAAAGAUAUGAAGGAUAAAUUAGCAGAAAUGUCCUCAAUGAGUAGUGCAUCUGCUUCACUUAUGAGCUUGGCUCCAUAUUCUCUCUCCAUGUACCAUCAUGGCCCCAGUGAUGCUUUGUCAUCAGGAGCAGCGUUACUUGGAACAAGGCAUCUGUUGGAAGAAAAUAAUCAGGCCCUUAAUAAAAUUUCGGCUAACCUCUCAACGUUCAAGUUGCAGGACAAUGUUGAUCUCUUUUUCCAGACGAAGAACAACUUAAUUGCGAUUUUAAAUAAUAUGAAAAAUAUGCCAGGGAUUAUGAGCCAAAUGCCACCACUUCCAGUCUUCUUAAAUGAGGAGCUUGCUAGUAGUCUUUCGCCUAGUUCAGCUCAGCCUAUGAUGUUUGGCUGCAGAAGCGGCAUCCAGUUGAAACAGGAACCAGCUUGUUGAUAGAGAAUGCUCGGUGCUCAGUUUUGGAUUAUUCAUUAAGUACACAUUUUUUAGUGUAAAUGCAUCAAAAGCUGGCGGUACUUACACGAUCAAGUCGAUGAGAAAAAUAUUUUUGACCCAUUUUCGGAAGCUGAAUAUCCGAGCAAGAAGUACAGGAAAUAACAGCUUUUUCGUGAUGCCAAAUCAAGCGAAAUCUGUUUCAGAUAAUGCACAGAGAAGUUUAAGGUCAUGUGUCGCCUUUCUGUGUGUAAAUUCGAGAAAUACAACUUUUGAAUUCAUCCUUUAGUUUUGUAAUGUGUUAACCUUUUGCAGAUUCUUGCAUUGUUUUUUCUAAUUUGCUGUAAAAAAAACGAACUAAUGAGUAUUGGAUUGAAAUGAACUCAAAUGGAGCAGAAUGGCUAUAAAUGAUUUAUAUAGUAGUUUGCAAUUG